AUGAGGGAGUUCACCCUGAGCUACCAAUGGCUCUCCUGGCGGCCCUCAAAAGCCGCUCCACCCCUUCUACCUCGCGGUAUCGAGCGCCGCUUCAUCAGCACACCCGCCGGGGACCUCGAGGUUCUCUGUGCAGGCCCUGCGCAGAAGGGCGCCGCCGAGGGCAAGCGCAAGCCGGCCCUCUUCUUCAUACACGGCGGCAUGGGCGGCGCCUGGGUCUGGCUCGAGUACAUGCAGUACUUUGCGGCGCAGGGCAUCCCCUGCUACGCGCUCUCGCUGCGAGGGCACGGCCAGAGCUGGCAGCCGUCGUACCUGCGGAUGGUAUACGGGACCGGCAGGCAGGCCAUGGUGGACGACCUGGUGGCGGGCAUCGGGUACGCCGAGGCGCAGGAAUGGGGGCGGGAAGUCGUGCUGGUCGGACACUCUACCGGCGGCGCGCUGGCGCAGUACGUGCUGUCUGAGCGGCUUGUCAGAGUGCGUGCGUUGGCUUUACUGGGGGCUGUCCCCGGGACUGGAUCACUUGAGGUUUACCUUUCGUGGUGGUGGUUAGACCCCUGGUUUCUCCUCCGGAUGAUCUUCCACGGUGGACAUCCCAACUCGCCGCUCUCGCACCCGGCACUCACAAAGGCCGUAUUCUUUAGCCCGGAUGUCUCAGAUGACUAUGUGACUAGCUUCCAGCAGCGGAUGUGCCCGUAUGAAAGCUACGGCUGGGCUACCGCUUUCAUGAGGCCUUCAUCGAAUCUCGAAUUCGUCCUGAGCCAGAUCAGUGGUUGGGGUCAAGCCGGACAGCAGCAGCGACUACUCGUCAUGACUGGCGGUGGUGAUAGGAUCACGACGGUGCCCAUUGAGAGGAAGCUUGCCGGCCGGUACCGAGAUGCUUUUGCUGCUCUAGUACAGGCGAAGAAGAUUGACGCUGAGGAGUCUCCUCUGGCCAAGCUGGAAGGUCGACUGAGACUUGAUGAAGCCGGCAACGGAGUGAGGUUCAACUGUGUACCCAUUGCCGGCCACCACCUGCAGAAUGAUGCUCAGUGGGAGGUUGGCGCUGCCAAGCUGCUUGCGUUCUAUGAACAGCUUUAA